GCAGGGCAGGGCCGGCCAGCGGCACUUCCGGUGCCCACGCGCCGCCGCCGCCGCCGCGCAGCUCCCGGGCCGUCACUUUGUGUAGCGCGGGGCCCCUCAGCGGCCCGCAGGCCACGGCCCGGCCUGGCCCGGCUUGCUCGGCGCGCGCGGAAGGAACCUGCUCUGGUCUCAUCUUUGACCUCAAGAGACCCUCGUCUUGAAGCCUCCCCAUCCCGCGCUGAGCUUUGCAAAUGCCGCCAGCCUGAGGCCUCCCAGGAGCCCUUCGCCCUGGUCCAUGUGUGUUGAGGCCUGGGCCGAGCACAGGCUCGCACCCCAGGACGAUGGCCGCCCUUCACACCACUCCCGAAGCCCCAGCCGCCCAGCUGCAGAGGGCAGAGGACGGGGCGGAGUGCCAUCCUGACCAGGAGGAGGAGGAGGAGGAGGAGGAGGAAGAGGACGAGGAAGAGGAGGACGAGGAGGACGUGGAGGAGGUGCUGGCAGAGGAGCGGAGCUCGGCAGCGGGCAACCGAGAGCAGCCUGGCCGUGGUGGUGAUGCGGGCAACCGAGAGCAGCCUGGCCGUGGUGGUGAUGCCAGGUCCCCAAUUCUUCAGGGGGAGGCCCUGCAGGCCCCCCGGGGUCCAGCGGCUCCUGGGGACGAGGACCUGGAGGACGAAGAGGAGGAGGAGGAGGAGGAUGACGAGGAUGGUUUCCCGACAGCCGAGUCUCAGGGGCUGGUGACCUUUGAGGAUGUGGCUGUGUACUUCUCCCUCGAGGAGUGGGCGAGGCUGGACGCAAGUCAGCGGGGCCUCUACCAGGAGGUCAUGCAGGAGAACUAUGGGAUCCUGGUGUCCCUGGGCUACCCCAUCCCCAAGCCGGAUCUGAUCUUUCGGCUGGAGCAAGGGGAAGAACCGUGGGUCCCAGAUAGCCCCCGGCCUGACGAGGGAGACAUCGUCACUGGCGUCUACACAGGAGCCUGGUUCUGGGCCGACGACAUGGAGGACCACGAGGAGGAAGAUGAUGAGGACUUCCUGGCGGAGGUGGCUGAGGAGGAGAAUGAGCCCCCGGGGCUGUGGUCAGCGGCCUAUGGUGUGGGGGACGUGCCUGGGACUUGGGGUCCGGAUGACUCGGAUUCGGCGCAGACUCCCGAGAGGUGGGGGCCUGACCCCGGCGACGUGGGUGUCCUGGCUGAGGGGUCGGAAGCUAAGCCUUUCCUGGCUGGCCGGGACCCCGGCGCGAACCUGUUGGCACCCUGGGCGUUCCCGGCAGCGGUGGCAGCCCAGGCCGGUAGGCCGGAGACCACUUGCGACGUGUGCGGCAAGGUGUUCCCGCACCGGUCGCGGCUGGCCAAGCACCAGCGCUACCACGCCGCCGUCAAGCCUUUCGGCUGCGACGAGUGUGGCAAGGGCUUCGUGUACCGCUCGCAUCUGGCCAUCCACCAGCGCACGCACACCGGCGAGAAGCCCUUCCCGUGCCCGGACUGUGGCAAGCGCUUCGUCUACAAGUCGCACCUGGUCACGCACCGGCGCAUCCACACCGGCGAGCGGCCCUACCGCUGCGCCUUCUGCGGCGCGGGCUUCGGGCGCCGCUCCUACUUGGUAACGCACCAGCGCACGCACACGGGCGAGCGGCCCUACCCGUGCCCGCACUGCGGCCGCAGCUUCAGCCAGAGCUCGGCGCUCGCGCGACACCAGGCGGUGCACACAGCUGACCGGCCGCACUGCUGCCCGGACUGCGGCCAGGCCUUCCGCCUGCGCGCCGACUUCCAGCGCCACCGGCGUGGUGGCGGCUGUGCCGAGCCCGGCGGCGAAGGCCCUCGGCGGGAGCCCCGUGAAACCACAACCACGGCGGGUCCCAGGGAAGCCGAGGCCAGGCCCGAGGGGUCUGAGGAGCCCGAGGCUGCUGAGGCGGAAGGAGAGCGGGAGGCUGAGGCCAGAGAGGCGGAGGAGACGCCCACCCCCAUGAGCAAGGAGGACCGCGAGCGGGACAGGCGGUUCCCCAACCUGGGCAAUGGCCUGGGUGAGGGCGAAGGCCCUUCCUCGCACCCACUUGGCUUCCACUUCCCUGUGCACCCCAAGUCCUGGCUCCACCCGGACGGCUUCCCGAUCCUGGGCCUCCCAAACUUCGGGGAGCGGGUUCCGGCCGACGGGCGUCCCAUGCCGGGACCGCUUGGGGGCCCCCUCUCCCUGGUGGAGGGCGCGGGACUGGCCUGCGAUCCCUUCGGUGGAGGCGGGGCCGGGAGCGUUGGCAGUGGCCUGCGUGCGUUCGGGCCCGCGGUCGGGGGACUGCUGUCCGAGCCCGCGCCCGCCGCGCUGGCGGAGGAGGAGAGUCCGUGGAUCUGCUCGGACUGCGGCAAGACGUUCGGGCGCCGCGCCGCGCUGGCCAAGCACCAGCGCUACCACGCGGGCGAGCGGCCGCACCGCUGCGCAGACUGUGGCAAGAGCUUCGUGUACGGCUCCCACCUGGCGCGCCACCGGCGCACCCACACGGGCGAGCGGCCCUUCCCGUGCCCCGAGUGCGGCGCGCGCUUCGCCCGCGGCUCGCACCUGGCGGCGCACGUGCGCGGCCACACCGGCGAGAAGCCCUUCGUGUGCGGGGUGUGCGGCGCAGGCUUCAGCCGCCGCGCGCACUUGACGGCGCACGGGCGUGCGCACACCGGGGAGCGGCCCUAUGCGUGCGGCGAGUGCGGACGCCGCUUUGGGCAGAGCGCGGCGCUGACGCGGCACCAGUGGGCGCACGCCGAGGAGAAGCCGCACCGCUGCCCCGACUGCGGCAAGGGCUUUGGCCACAGCUCGGACUUCAAGCGGCACCGGCGCACGCACACGGGCGAGAAGCCCUUCCGUUGCGCCGACUGCGGCCGUGGCUUCGCGCAGCGCUCCAACCUGGCCAAGCACCGGCGCGGCCACACCGGCGAGCGGCCCUUCCCGUGCCCCGAGUGCGGCAAGCGCUUCUCGCAGCGCUCGGUGCUGGUGACGCACCAGCGCACGCACACGGGCGAGCGGCCCUACGCCUGCGCCAACUGUGGCCGCCGCUUCUCGCAGAGCUCCCACCUGCUCACCCACAUGAAGACGCACCGCGGCGCGGCAGGCGCGCCCGGGCAGGCGGCGACGGCUCCCGCGCCCAAGGCCGAGGCUCCCGCCAAGGCGCCUCCCGGUACGGGCGUGAGCAGUGGGUCAGGGGAGCGUGGCAGCGCCCUGCUGGAGUUCGCGGGUGGCACGAGCUUCGGUUCGGAGCCCUCGCCUGCGUUCGCGGGGCCGUCGGGCACCUACGAGGAACGCGUCCUGUGAGGAGCCCGAGGCCGUCGGGAGCGCAGUCCACAAGGGUCACCGGGGCAGCUCGGGUGCAGGCCGCUGCGCACUGGCGCCUGGCUCCCUUGGCCUCGGGAGGCUGAGGGUCCCGGUGCUGGGUGCGGUGCCUUCCUUCAGCUCCUGCCCCCGCCCCACGGCCGCGGGGAUUUCUCACGGCUGGGGCCGCCCCACGUGCGCGGGGGCAGGCGGCACUAUUUAUUGUACUGAACGCCGGCUUGGGCGGCCCGCGGAACAAGUGACUGACGAGUGUGCGACUGUGGCGGGGCAGGGGAGGCCGGGGCAGUCCAGAGAGUGCGUGACUGUGUGGCGAGGGGAAGCCUGGCAGGUUUCCGGAGGAAGGGGCCCCCUUGCCCUGGCGGAAGAGAGGCGCGAGGGAAGGCGUUUAUCGUGGCCGUUACUGGUGGACGCUUGUUUCCAUCUCGGGUUCCCUGAAGAGAGCGGGAGGAGGAAAAGGAAGCCAGAAUCCAAGCCCAUGCAGGGGCAGGCAGUCGCAGGCAUCCCUGGGGGGCCCCCACACCCUGCUUCUGCGCCCAGGUCAGCCGGGCGCUAGCUGGUCAAGCCUCAGCGUCCUCCGAGUCCCCUGGGCCUCCCGUCCCCGGCAGCCGGACGCGGCCUACCCAGAUACCACCGGGCGCCCAGAGCAGCAGGUGGGUGCGCCCGGCCCUGCCCGGCCACUCCCAGAGUCCUUCAGGGUACAGCAGCUGAGGUUGGAGGAAGGAUCUUCCCUGCCUUCCGAGAGGGCAGCGGGUUCCUUGAACUCUUGCUGCAUUUGCGUUCAGAUCCCCCUCGUACGGUCGUCAGGGGUGGGGGCGGUUUGUGCAGCGGUGGGGACUGAGCCCCGGGGUUCGGUGAUACAGCAGGCACCCAGCUGUGUGUAUUCCCUCUCCCCGCCCCCGCACCCUCUGGACUGGACAGCUGAAUCCUGAUUCGCGGGGGGUCCCUUGCGUCACAUCUUUUGGGCCAAUGCGAGUGGGGCUGGGAAACCUAACUGCAUUCCCUUGUAGACCCUAGUUCUGUUUAGCGUAGACAUGGCCUCGGGGGCUGGGCCCACAGCCAGGCUGCUGGGGGCUGGGGUGGGGUAGGAGGCUCGGUGUGGACCGUUGGUGGGUGGGAGGAGGGCCAGGGUGGUGGUGGUAAGACUUAGCCCAGCUGGUGAGGUCGUGGGGCAGGGUGGUGAGGAGGGCCCUGCCGCGGCUUCUCUCCCCGCCAGGUUUCUCCUCUCCUUGGACCCUGUGAACCUCGAAGGGCCGUGGGCUGGAGGGGCCUGGGCGGUCCCAGCCGCGGCUGCCCUGCCUGCAGCUGUGGGCAGGACCUAGCUUUAAUAAAGAGUGGAGAAGCGA